AUGACUAUAGAUUACUCAAAAUGGGAUAACAUGGACACGGAUUCAGAACCAGAAGUUUCGUCUCUAUUAGUCCCUACACCGCAAGCUCCAGCUCCCGCUUCCGCAGCAGUCACAACAUCGACAGCCACAAUCAGUACACCAGGAUCCAUCCAAGCCGUCAUCGUCCGGUGCGAUGUUGAGAGAAUCAGAUUCGCGCCUUGGUCCGUGACAACGAUCCAGGCAGAUCAUCCCGUCUUCUCCAAUUCCAUGCCCCCCGUCCCAAGGCUCAUCGAGCUUCCGCUAGUAUUUCACCGUGUCGGCACUCUAUCUACAAAACGGGCCGACCUUGACAACCAAAUGAUCACGUACCUCAACAUCGACCACGGGCGGAUCGCAACGCUGUGA